AGCACGAACAGUCAUUGAACAAAAAAGUAUUGUUCAUGGCUCACGAAAGGCUAUACUAUAAAAGUACGAUGCCUUGCUUUGCAAUAUUAAGAAGUUUGGUUUAUUUAGAUAUCAAGAAUUGCUUAUCUAUAUUAACUAAGGGAUGAGGUUCACGGUCAUCCUUUUGAGUGUUGCUGUCUUCGUAGUGGCUGAGGGUGCUCCUCAGGGCGGAGGUGCAGGUGCUGGUGGGCAAGCAGGCGCAGGAUUUGGAUUCGGAGCGAAUAUGGGAGCGGGAUUGGGAGGCGGAGCAGGAGCAGGAGGUGGUGGUGAAGGUGGUGCUGGCGGAGGAGCCGGGGGUCAAGCAGGAGCAGGAGCUGGAUUAGGAUUUGGAUUUGGAGCGAAUGCUGGAGCUGGAGCUGGUGCUGGUGGCGGAGGCAACGGUUAUGGUGGUUAUGGAAGGAAAUAAACUGUGGAGUAACAGUGACUAAAUCAAAGAUGUAAAGAAUCAUGCUUGUAUAUUUUGGAAAUAAAGUUAUUUUGGCGAGUAA